UGGCCAUAUUAUUCGAUGUAUACAGCAAGUUCGAUCGAGCUUUCGAGAAGAAAUAAAUUUUAAAGCUUCUCAUUAUCCGUAGUGUGAAAGCGAGUUGGUUGAAACGAAUCACACAUAUUGACACAUAUUGAAAUAAUUGAAUUGUUCAGUGAAAUUUUGAACAAUGAUUAUACCUGUACGUUGUUUUACUUGUGGGAAAGUGAUCGGUAACAAAUGGGAAGCUUAUCUUGGUUUAUUACAGGCAGAAUACACAGAAGGAGAUGCGCUUGAUGCAUUGGGAUUAAAACGAUAUUGUUGCCGCAGAAUGCUCCUUGGACAUGUAGACUUAAUUGAAAAACUUCUAAAUUAUGCACCAUUAGAAAAAUAACCUGUUAAAUUUUUAUUUCCAUGCUUCAUUUAGAUUAAUAUCAAUGUACAGUUAAUAUAAAUUGAUAAGGCAAAAUGUAGAUCUAAUAUUUUGUACUAUUAACAUUAACAUAUAAAAAUGUAAUUAUUAUUUACAUAAAAGUAUUACUUCUUAAGGUGUACGAUAAAGUUUGGAACAAUA